CUUGUCUCUGAUGCCUCGUUGAUCACAGCUGCCAGUGUUGCUGCUGCUUGCUCACAGCUUUUGUUGUUUCUAUCAUAGACCAGCCCAGAACGGCGCGCAUUCCUUCAGCAUACUUAUACCGGCCAUCGCCAAAGUCGUUCCUUUUUAUCCUCUGCCAUGAAGUUGCAGGCUCUUUCCUUGGUUGUCCUGGCCGGAGUUUCAGUGGCUGUUAAAAUACCUUUCAUUCAAUCAAAACGCCCAACCCUACAGCGACGAAGUGGGGGCACAAACGUUUCAGUAUCUCGUCCACAAGUUCUCGCUUCAAAUUCGUCAGGGUCCACGGCGCUUACGCUCAGUGAUGUUCACGAUCUCAUUUAUAUGGCGAAUGUUACCCUUGGCGGUGUUGAUUAUCUGGUCCAGCUUGACACAGGUUCUUCUGACCUGUGGGUGAAGAGCUCAACACCCAUCUCUAAUGCAAACAUUACAUCCCUGGCUUGUAAUCUGACUUAUGGCAUUGGUUGGGCAUAUGGAAGUAUUUCUUAUGUUGAGGCCGAAUUCGCAGGGAUAUCCAUUCCUUCCCAAGCUUUUCUUGACGUCUCGUCCGCACAAAACCCGGCAUUAUCCUAUGGAGCUAUAGGACUCCUAGGAUUAGGUUUUGAUUCCUUGUCGACUAUAGAUGCCCUCGUAAACGUCACCGGCGCGUCGACCGGCCGCAGUCUCCUCUACAAUCUUUUCCAGGACAAUCCUUCCGAACCCAACUUCAUUGCAUUCUCUCUGCAGAGUACAUCGGACGAUGAUCAAGUGAUGGGUAGUUUCGCAAUUGGCGAGACCGAGCUCCAAUAUUCAAAUGUCACAAGCACCAACAAAAUCCCAACAUGGCCCGUAAACUCUCCAACGCGUUGGAAUGUGCUGUUGGACUCAUUUAUUGUUGGCACGGAGACCUAUUCAGUGUCCACUGGCGUACAAGGAGCGCCAUCGAACAAGGCAGUUGUCCUUCUGGAUAGCGGUACAUCGUAUACAUACGCGCCUACUGACGUGUGUCAGGCCAUUUAUGGCGGUGUAUCCGGGGCUCAGUAUAACUCUGCCCUCGGGCAAUGGGUCGUCCCUUGUGACGCAGAAAUAAAUAUGGCUCUUCAGUUCGACGACCAAAUCUUGCCAAUCCACCCUCUCGAUGUUUCACCACAGAGUGUGGGCGAUUCUUCAACCUGUGUCGGCUCUUUUGUGCCCCAAAGUGUCUCUGUGGGGGCAGGCCAAUUUGAUUGGUUGAUAGGUGAUAACGUUUUACGUUCAAUCUAUGCUUUGUACGACUUCGGCGACUUCGUUUCGUCGGGGAAUAUGGGCAGCCCUUAUGUCCAAAUGCUCGCCCUGAUCGAUCCUAACCAGGCAUCGGUGGAGUUCCACGAUGUCCGAGGCGGAACGCCACAGAAUAAUAUCACCUAUAACGUUUCAAAUGAUGGUUCUGGGUCAACAACUGUGACGGUGUCCACGGAUGUAGCAAACACUAUCGACAAGCUCUCCAAAUAUCUCCCUGCCAUGCUUGCCGUGAUGGCUCUUAAUGCCCUGAUUUUAAUCAUUCUUCUCAUCGUCGGUCUUGUCCUGCUGUGCAGGCGUCGCGGGAAGAGUGCACGAGCGCGCAAGACGCCUGGAAGACUCAGCCCAAUGCCGAUGAAUAUUACCUCUACGAGGUUCCCCGAUUUUCCAGGCCAUCAAGAGCUGCACACAUACCAGCCUGUCUCGAUGGCAAUGACAGAAGACACACUUUUCGCUCCUCCGUCACCCGCCUUUAAAGGGGAGUCGAUGAGACCUGGAGAUCGCCCAAAGUCAGUCGCAUAGUUUACUAAUAAUAUCCUCGUACCCCCCGGACCGUCGCUAUAUCCUGGUUGUUCUGUCCGUCAUGGAUUCUCGUGUACUUAUGUAGAUGUUGUUGGGCUUUCGUCGGACAAUGGACCUUU